CAGAACGAUUGAUAAAUUCUACUUCAUCUCCUCACCAGUCCGCCAUCACAUGUACCGGUCUAUCUGACGAUUCUCACGCAAGCACGCUGGCGACGUUUCGCAGAUCCACAUAUAUAAGCACGUAGCACCACCAACACGCCAUCUCUCAACUUCAAGGCCAUGUGCCAUGCCCCUUUUGCCUUUAGGAAACCACUAUAAUCUAACGCAUAGUCGUUAUGUGAUUAAUCUAUCUUCAGGCAAGAGACUUGUUUUGUUUCGUCUUCCAACACUACCGUCUGAUGGCAAGAAGGAUGGAAAAGUGUCCAAGAUCUCUUCCUCUGUCGGUGGAUGGUCGUAUUAUGCUAUGGAAGCAGAAUGCCCACACGCCGGUGGACCAAUGCAGUCAGCACAUAUCGACAUUGAGGACUCUUCAUACAUAGCUUCAUGCCCAUGGCACGCCUAUGAUUUUAAUGUCGAGAAUGGGAAAUCAAGCUACGGCAUAAAGGCAUGCACUUUCCCCGUCUUCGUAAAAGACAACGAGAUUACACUAGACUUCAAUCAUGCAACAGAUGUCUCGCUCUCAAGCAUUGUUCCUGUCAGCGAACAAGUCAAGUUUAAACAUGGCCCUCGAUCUAAACCAGAGCAACUACCAUCAAUAUCAACAGGAACACAUUCAGACCAUGGAUCCGAUGCCACAUUAUGCGACUGGUGCGUCCACAUCCUCAAUACACCCGACCCAGAACGCAAGAUUGAACUCACUACGACACUUUUCUCCAACUUUGCAACUCGCGAAUCGACGCCGCACCCCAUGCCUCUUGGCGCAGGCAUAACACCCCCAUCCGAGCCUCCACGCGCCAAUCUCACCGCCGUCAAGCCCUGGGAGAUGCCCAACCCCGGCAAAGGCGGUACGCUCAAGAGCCGCAUAACGAUACUGCACGCGCUUGCGAACAUUGAGCAAUGGGCGAUCGAUCUUGCGCUCGACAUCUGCGUGCGCUUUGCCAGCUUCCAGACUGAGGCCACUACUCCGCAAGCGCUACCAAGGACGUUCUACUAUGACUGGUUGAAGGUGGCAAACGACGAGGCCAAGCACUUCUCGUUGCUGCGAGCUAGGUUGGAGGAAAUGGGCAGCUCGUUCGGUGCGUUGCCGGUGCAUCACGGGUUGUGGGAGAGCGCAACGGCAACGGCACAUGAUCUUCGAGCGAGGAUCAGUAUUAUCGCUUUGGUGCACGAGGCACGAGGCCUUGAUAUUAAUCCAUUGACGAUCGAGAAGUUUCGAAAAGGUGGUGAUCCGGAGAGCGUGGAAGUUUUGGACGUCAUUCAUAAUGAUGAGAUUACGCAUGUGACAACUGGCCACCGCUGGCUUAGUUGGAUCUGUGAGCAGGAGGGGACGGAUCCGGUGAAGGUUUUCAGAAGUAAUGUGAUGGAGCACUUCAAGGGCGCACUCAAAGGGCCGUUUAACCGAGAGGCGAGAGAAAUCGCUGGUAUGGACGGCACUUACUAUGAAAACUUGAGCGGCAAGAUUGGCGGUGGGCCUGUAAUUGCUGGUGGAUAGCAGACAUCUCCAGGCAUUCGGGUCUACGUGCCAGACACAUUGGACAUGAUGGAUGUUCAUGCACC